AUGCUGAUAAGGAAAUCGGCGGCCGUUUGGCUGCUCACCAUCCUCCUGUGCCAUCUUCGACUAACGGAAUCUCAAGUAACACCGACGAGUCUCUUUACCUGCCCGAACGGAUGGGAGCUGAAAGGAAUUCAUUGUUACAAAUUCUUCAACAUCAGACAUUCAUGGGAAAAAGCAGCGGAGCUAUGCAGAAGGUACGGCAGCGAGCUCAUGGUAGUCGAGUCGUACGGCGAGAACAACGUGUCGGCGAGCCUGAUAGGCCGACAUUUGGAUCAUUACUGGCUCGGGCUCGCCUCGCUCGACGAUCUUCGCACCAACACCUUGGAGUCGGCGGCCGGCAUGCUCGUUUCGCAAUAUGCCGGUUUCUGGGCGCCUAAACAGCCGAACCCCCGUGAAGGUGAAUGCGUCGACGUAAAAGUCAGCGACGAUCAGCAUCAAUCUUGGGAGCUCACGACCUGCGAGUCUCUCCUGCCUUUCAUGUGCCGUGCUAAUGCCUGUCCAGCAGGAUCGUUCCACUGCUCGAACGGAAAGUGUAUCAACGCGGCUUUCAAGUGCGACAAGCAGGAUGAUUGCGGCGAUUACUCGGACGAGAUCGAUUGCCCGGCCAAUUGUCACUACUACAUGGCCAGCAGUGGCGACGUGGUCGAGAGCCCCAACUACCCACACAAGUACGCGCCGUUGAGCAACUGCAAAUGGACUCUCGAGGGUCCGCAAGGACACAACAUUCUCUUGCAGUUCCAAGAGUUCGAGACGGAAAAGAGCUUCGACAUCGUGCAAAUCCUGGUAGGCGGCAGAACCGAGGAAAAAGCAGUGAGCCUCGCGACGCUGUCGGGCAAGCAGGAUCUCAGCACGAAGCACUUCGUUUCCGCCUCGAACUUCAUGAUUAUCAAGUUCAGCACGGACGGCUCCGUCGAGCGCAAAGGAUUCCGGGCUAGCUGGAAGACCGAACCGCAGACCUGCGGCGGUGUGCUGCGCGCCACGCCUCAGGGUCAGAUGCUCACGUCUCCGGGCUAUCCACACAAUUAUCCGGGCGGUCUCGAGUGCCUCUACGUGCUGCAAGCCCAGCCGGGAAGGAUCAUUUCGCUCGAGAUCGAUGAUGUCGACUUGGAAGUCGAUCGCGACUACAUUUUGGUGAGAGACGGCGAAUCGCCGAUGAGCCGACCUAUCGCCCGCAUAACCGGUACCAAGGACGACAAUCCACGCGUCAUCAUGUCAACCGGUAGCCACCUCUACUUGUACUUCAAGACGAGCCUCGGCGACUCGAAGAAGGGCUUCAACAUUCGCUACACUCAAGGCUGCAGGGCCACCAUUCUGGCGCAGAACGGCACCGUGCAGUCACCGUCCUACGGACUCAACGAUUACCCCAAUAACCAAGAGUGCCUGUACCGAGUGAAGAAUCCCCGCGGAGGACCGCUCUCGUUGAAAUUCACCAAUUUCAACGUUCACAAGACUGACUACGUGCAGGUUUACGACGGUCCGAACACCAACGGAUUGAGACUGCACUCCGGCAACGGAUUCACGUCGAACACGAGGCCGAAGAUCACGCUCACCGCCGAGAGCGGUGAAAUGUUAAUUCGCUUCGUAUCGGACGCGUUGCACAGUAGCACCGGAUGGCAAGCCACCUUCUCAGCUGAUUGCCCACCGCUGCAACCAGGUGAAGGUGCCUUGGCUUCGAGCCGAGAUACCGCCUUCGGUACCGUCAUCACUUUCUCCUGCCCCAUGGGACAGGAGUUCGCGACUGGAAAGGCCAAGAUCACCACCGAGUGCCUGCCAAGCGGCAACUGGUCCAUCACCUACAUACCGAAAUGCCAAGAGGUCUAUUGCGGCCCGGUGCCUCAGAUAGACAACGGAUUCUCCAUCGGAUCCACCAACGUCACUUACCGAGGCGUAGCUACUUACCAAUGCUACGCCGGAUUCGCUUUCUCGACCGGCCGACCUACGGAAAAAAUCUCCUGCAUGGCCGACGGUAUUUGGGAAAAGAAACCGGCCUGUCUGGCGUCGCAGUGCCCACCGCUGCCGGAAGCCCCGCACGCCAAUCUGACCAUUCUCAACGGCGGCGGCAGGAGCUACGGUACCAUUGUGCGUUUCGAAUGCGAGCCCGGUUACGUAAGGACCGGCCACCCCGUCAUUCUCUGCAUGAGCAAUGGAACCUGGUCCGAUAGCGUACCAGUCUGCACUCGCGCCGAGUGUCCCAUUCUGCCCAGCAUUAAAAAUGGCUUCGUCGUUGAUUCAUCGAAGGACUAUUUCUUCGGUGACGAUGCACGAGUCCAAUGCAAUCGCGGCUAUAAACUAACGGGUUCCAACAUCAUAACUUGCGGUCCCUCGCAACGUUUCGAAAACGUGCCCACCUGCGAAGACAUUAACGAGUGCGCCUCGAGCCAGUGCGAUUUGGCUUCGACGGAAUGCAUCAACACGCCCGGCGCGUUUUCCUGCAAGUGCAAAUCAGGCUUUUCCUCAACAAUGGAAUGCCGGCCAAUUGGCGAUCUCGGACUGAUUAAUGGCGGCAUACCCGACGACUCGAUUACCGUAUCAAGUUCCGAGAGUGGAUAUACAAAAUCGGGUAUCCGAUUGAACAGCGGUGAUGGAUGGUGCGGUAAUAGCGUCGAGCCUGGCGCGAACUGGGCCAUGAUCGACAUGAAGGCUCCCACCAUAAUCAGAGGCUUCAGAACUCAAGUUGUCGCUCGCGCCGAUGGAAACAUCGCCUUUACGACGGCUGUACGAAUUCAAUACACCGACGAUUUGACCGAUGUUUUCAGAGAUUACACGAAUCCCGACGGUACACCCGUAGAGUUCCGUAUCCUCGAGGCCACUCUCUCCGUGUUGAAUUUGCCGGUGCCGAUCGAGACGCGCUUCAUUCGCUUCCGCAUUCAAGAUUACAUCGGAGCUCCCUGCAUGAAGCUCGAAAUCAUGGGCUGCACUCGACUCGAGUGUACCGACAUCAACGAGUGCGCCACCAACAACGGUGGUUGCCAUCAGAAAUGCAUCAACAAUCCGGGCGGUUUUACAUGCUCCUGUAACACCGGCUACGAGCUCUACAAAGGCAACGGCACUGCUGGAUUCCCCAUCGCUAGAUCCGAGAACGGAGAACGCGACGGUGAUCUGUAUCAGAGAAACAAGACCUGCGUCCCUGUCAUGUGUCCCACGUUGCCGGCUCCCGAAAACGGAAAAAUUUUAUCUACUCAAUCUCAGUUCCACUUUGGCGAUCUGAUCAAAUUCCAAUGCGACUUUGGUUACGUUCUCGCUGGCGCCUCGUCGCUUCUGUGUACUUCUUCUGGCAUAUGGAACGGCACGACACCCGAAUGUCAAUUCGCCAAAUGCGUGUCUCUUCCAGACGACAAGAAUGAAGGUCUCGCCGUUGUAAGAAGCGACGAAACCAGCGUUCUCGUUCCAUUCCAACAAAACGUAACGCUGAAAUGUAACAACAACGGACGCUCCCUGCGCCACAGCGUUACCGCUGGAUUCCGUCAGUGCGUGUACGAUCCCAAACCAGGUUAUCCGGACUAUUGGCUCUCGGGAGCUCAACCGUCUUGCCCAAGAGCCGACUGUGGAAAACCAUUGCCAACUCCAGGUGCCGAAUACGGCCAAUAUCAGGACACGAAAUACCAAUCGUCAUUCUUCUUUGGUUGCCAAGACACGUUCAAACUUGCUGGACAGACCAGCCGCCACGACAACGUAGUCCGAUGCCAAGCCAACGGUGUCUGGGACUUUGGUAAUCUUCGUUGCGAGGGUCCAGUUUGCGAAGAUCCUGGCAGACCCCCAGAUGGUUAUCAAAUCGCCAGAAGCUACGAGCAAAGUUCCGAGGUUCAGUUCGGUUGUUCUCGACCUGGUUACAUUUUGAUCAAUCCAAGACCGAUCGUGUGUCUUCGAGAGCCUGAAUGCAAAGUUGUCAAACCUCUAGGUUUGGCUUCCGGAAAGAUUCCAGACUCCGCGAUCAACGCGACCUCGGAAAGACCAAACUACGAAGCUAGAAAUGUAAGACUUAACUCCGUCACUGGAUGGUGCGGUAAACAAGAGGCAUUCACUUACGUGAGCGUAGACAUGGGCCGCGUUUAUCGAAUCAAGGCUAUUUUAGUCAAAGGUGUCGUAACCAACGAUAUUGUUGGAAGACCAACCGAGAUUCGAUUCUUCUACAAACAAUCUGAAAAUGAAAACUACGUCGUUUACUUCCCUAAUUUCAACCUCACCAUGCGCGAUCCUGGAAAUUACGGAGAACUUGCGAUGAUCACUUUACCGAAAUACGUUCAAGCUAGAUUCGUAAUUCUUGGAAUCGUCAGUUACAUGGACAAUGCUUGUUUGAAAUUCGAAUUGAUGGGAUGCGACGAGCCAGAAGUCGAACCAUUGCUCGGAUACGACUACGGAUUCUCGCCAUGUGUCGAUAACGAACCACCGAUAUUCCAAAAUUGUCCACAACAGCCGAUCAUGGUUCAGAAGGGCCCUGACGGUGGACUCUUACCGGUCAAUUUCACCGAACCCACUGCUAUCGAUAACAGUGGAAGCAUCGCUCGAUUGGAAAUCAAACCACAGAGCUUCAAGACGCCGAUCAAAGUUUUUGAAGACACCGUUGUCAAAUAUAUCGCUUACGAUUACGACGGAAACGUUGCCAUUUGCGAAAUCAACAUCACCGUGCCAGAUGUGACUCCGCCGAAACUGAGCUGCCCGCAGAGUUACGUCAUCGAGCUCGUCGAUAAAUUGGACAGCUACAACGUCAAUUUCAACGAGACGAGACGCAGAAUAAACACGACCGAUGCCUCGGGCCCGGUGCACAUCGCGUUCAUGCCCGAGCGCGCUGUCAUUCCGAUCGGUGGUUUCGAGAACGUAACUGUUGUCGCUACCGAUUCGAGCGGAAACAAAGCUACGUGCAACUUCCAGGUAUCCGUGCAAGCGACGCGCUGCGUCGAUUGGGAAUUGAAACCACCCGCGAACGGUGGUCUCAAGUGUCUGUCGAACGACAAGGGCUUGCAGUGUAUCGCCACCUGUAAAUCUGGCUAUAGAUUCACCGAUGGUGCGCCUGUCAAGACCUACUCCUGCGAUGUGAAGACCCAUUGGAAACCAGCCUCCCUUGUACCGGACUGCGUUUCGGAAAAUACCCAACAAGCCGAUUAUCACGUCAUUUCUUCGGUAACUUAUCGCGCCAAUGGAGCAGUUUCUCGUCAAUGCUUGCCCCAAUAUCAAGAUCUUUUGGCUCAGUACUAUUACAAUCUUAACCAAGUUUUGACUCAGCGUUGUUCCGCUGUCAAUGUACACAUGAACGUAUCUUUCGUACGAUCUAUUCCAUCUCUUCUCGAAGAAAAUGUCUUGAAGAUGGACUUCAUACUGGCAAUUAUCCCGGCAAUACGUCAACCUCAACUGUACGAUCUUUGCGGAUCGACUCUCAGUUUGAUCUUCGAUCUAUCUGUCCCAUACGCAAGCGCCGUCAUCGAACCUUUGCUCAAUGUAUCAGCCAUUGGAAAUCAAUGUCCACCUUUGCGUGCCCUCAAGUCUUCGAUCUCUCGUGGAUUCACGUGCAGCAUCGGAGAAGUACUCAAUAUGGAUACCGCCGAUGUUCCUAGAUGCUUGUACUGUCCAGCAGGAACGUUCGCUGGCGAAAAACAGCAAAAAUGUACUCCUUGCUCCAAGGGAUACUACCAAAACAGCGAUCGUCAAGGUUCAUGCUUGCGUUGUCCUUUCGGAACUUACACCAAGGAAGAAGGCUCAAAGAGCAUCGACGACUGCGUCCCUGUAUGUGGAUACGGUACUUACUCGCCGACUGGUCUCGUUCCUUGCCUCGAGUGUCCUCGUAACAGCUACACCGGCGAGCCUCCGAUCGGUGGAUUCAAAGACUGUCAAACUUGCCCGACUGGCACCUUCACCUACCAACCGGCAGCUCCUGGCAAAGACAGAUGUCAAGCCAAAUGUACCCCUGGCAUGUAUUCGGACACCGGACUCGCUCCUUGCGCUCAGUGCCCCAAGGACUUCUUCCAACCUCAACACGGUGCCACGACCUGCAUCGAGUGUCCGACCCAGAUGUACACCGACAAACCCGGCGCAGUCGGUCGCGAGGAGUGCAAACUCGUACAGUGUACCGACAACGUGUGUCAGCACGGAGGUCUCUGCGUGCCGAUGGGCCACGGACCUCAAUGCUUCUGUCCAGCUGGAUUCUCCGGAAGACGCUGCGAGAUCGACAUCGACGAGUGUGCCUCGCAACCAUGCUACAACGGCGCCACUUGCAUCGAUUUGCCGCAAGGAUACAGAUGCCAAUGUGCUACUGGAUACUCCGGUAUCAAUUGCCAAGAGGAAAAAUCCGAUUGCAGAAACGACACAUGUCCCGAAAGAGCCAUGUGCAAAGACGAGCCAGGUUUCAACAACUACACCUGCCUCUGCCGAUCCGGAUACACCGGAGUCGAUUGCGACAUUACUAUCAAUCCUUGCACCACCAAUGGCAAUCCUUGCCAAAACGGAGCUAGCUGCAUUGCCCUUCAACAAGGCCGUUACAAAUGCGAUUGCCCACCUGGCUGGGAGGGUCAGAGCUGCGAAAUCAACACGAACGAUUGCGCCGAGAAGCCUUGUCACUUGGGUGCUAACUGUACCGACUUGAUCAAUGACUUCACUUGCGAUUGUCCACCAGGAUUCACUGGUAAACGUUGCCACGAAAAGAUCGACUUGUGCUCUGGAAACCCUUGCCUGAACGGCAUCUGCAUCGACAAAUUAUUCAGUCACGAAUGUAUCUGUAGUCCCGGCUGGACAGGUCAGGCUUGCGAGAUCAACAUCAACGAGUGCGCCAACCGGCCUUGCCGCAACAACGGACAGUGCACCGAUCUCAUCAACGACUACUCGUGCUCUUGCGAGCCUGGUUACACCGGCAAACAAUGUCAGCACACCAUCGACGACUGCUCCUCGAAUCCUUGCGUCAACGGCGCUACCUGCAUCGAUCAGCUCGAAGGAUUCACUUGCAAGUGUCGACCUGGCUUCGUUGGACUUCAGUGCGAGGCGGAAAUCGACGAGUGUCUCAGCGAUCCUUGCAGCCCCGUUGGAACGGAACGUUGCGUCGAUCUCGACAACCAGUUCGUGUGCCAAUGUCGCGAAGGUUUCACCGGUGCCACCUGUGACGCCAACAUCGACGACUGCAUGUCCAACCCUUGUCUCAAUGGUGCAACCUGCAGAGACGAGGUCGGUGGCUUCAAAUGUAUGUGCAAAGAUGGCUGGACCGGAACUCGUUGCGAAGUCGACGUCGGUACCUGCCAAAACAAACCAUGCCAAAACGACGCCGCUUGCGUCGAUCUCUUCCAAGAUUUCUUCUGCGUCUGUCCCUCUGGAACCGACGGAAAGAGAUGCGAAACCGCGCCGGAGCGUUGCAUCGGCAAUCCCUGCAUGCAUAGCGGUCGCUGCCAAGACUUUGGUUCCGGCCUCAAUUGCUCCUGCCCCGACGACUACACAGGAAUUGGCUGUCAAUACGAGUACGACGCCUGUCAAGCUGGAGCCUGCAAAAACGGCGCCACUUGCAUCGACAACGGCGUUGGCUUUACUUGUGUCUGUCCUCACGGUUACACUGGUAAGACUUGCGAGGAGGACAUCAUCGAUUGCAAGGAGAACUCGUGCCCACCAUCGGCUACCUGCAUCGAUCUGACUGGCAAGUUCUUCUGUCAGUGUCCGUUCAAUCUUACCGGCGACGACUGUCGCAAAUCCAUAUCGGUCGAUUACGACUUUUACUUCAGCGAUCCAACGCGCAGCAGCGCCAUGCAGGUCAUUCCCUUCUUCACCGGAGCCAAGAAGAGCUUGACCGUCGCCAUGUGGGUGCAAUUCACCCAACGCGACGAGGCCGGCAUCUUCUUCACCAUGUACGCCGUCAGCUCUCCUCACGUACCCACGAAUCGUAGACCCAUGAUUCAGGCUCACAGCAACGGAGUUCAAGUCUCGCUCUUCCACGAUCUCCAAGACGUGUAUCUUCCGUUCAGAGAGUACGCCACGAUCAACGACGGACAAUGGCACCAUAUCGCCGUCAUCUGGAACGGAGAAAACGGCGGCGAGUUGACUCUGAUCACCGAGGGUCUCAUCGCCAGUAAAACCGAGGGCUACGGAAGCGGCAGAACGAUACCGUCGUACGCCUGGACGGUGCUCGGCAGACCUCAGAGCGACGGCAGCAAGAGUUACACCGAGGUCGGCUUCCAAGGACACCUCACCAAGGUACAGAUUUGGGAGCGCGCUCUGCACGUCACCAACGAAAUUCAGAAGCAAGUUCGCGACUGCCGCACCGAACCGGUUCUGUACUCCGGUUUGGUUCUCACUUGGUCCGGUUACGACGAGGUGAUCGGUGGAGUCGAACGUAUCGCACCGUCGCACUGUGGACAGCGCGUCUGUCCCCCGGGUUACGGUGGCAACAAAUGCCAGCAACUGGAAUCCGAUAAAAUCCCACCGAGAGUCGAGCAUUGCUCGGGCGAUCUCUGGGUCAUUGCCAAGAACGGCUCGUCGAUCGUCAACUGGGACGAGCCCAAAUUCAGCGACAAUGUUGGAGUCGUCAAGGUGCAGGAAAAGAGCGGACACCGAUCCGGACAGGCUCUACUCUGGGGCACUUACGACAUCAGCUACGUUGCCUACGAUCAAGCUGGCAAUGCUGCUAGCUGCAACUUCAAAGUCUACGUUCUCCGUGAAUUCUGUCCAGAGUUAGCUGACCCUGUUGGUGGAACUCAGCAAUGCAAAGAUUGGGGCUCGGGUGGUCAGUUCAAGGUCUGCGAGAUCAAGUGCAACGCUGGCUUGAGAUUCGCCGAGGAGGUGCCGAAAUUCUAUACUUGCGGUGCCGAAGGUUUCUGGCGUCCAACCAACGAUCCAGCCUUACCGCUGAUUUAUCCAGCCUGUACUAGCGCUUCGCCAGCUCAACGAGUCUUUAAGAUCAAGAUGAACUUCCCAACUUCGGUACUUUGUAACGAAGCUGGUCAGUCGGUACUGAAACGACAGGUCGAAGAUGCCGUGAACUCGCUCAAUAAAGAAUGGAACUUCUGCUCCAAUCUAUUCGAAGGAACACGGGAUUGUAGAGAUCUGAAAAUUAACGUUCAGUGCGAUCAUCGCACGCGUUCAAGGCGACAGGCUACUGAAGAUGACGCCGGAACAUACGAAGUCAGCGUAGAAAUUUUGACCGAAGCAAUGAGACAAGCCCGCCAAGGCAGUGAUACCUACGAAGUGGAAAUCUCAUUCCCAGCUAUAAAUGAUCCAAUUUUGAACUCAAACACGAACGAAAGACAGACCAUUCAAACUCUAUUGGAGAAACUCAUUUUGGAGGAAGAUAAAUUCGAUGUGCGUGAAAUUCUACCGAACACUGUUGCUGAUCCAGCCUCUCUAGUCUUGGAAUCCGAUUACGCUUGCCCGAUCGGACAAGUUGUAAUGGCUCCCGAUUGUGUGCCAUGUGCCAUCGGUAGCUACUACAACAAAGCCACUCAGAAAUGUGAGUCGUGCCCGGUCGGCACCUAUCAGAACAAGUCCGGCCAGCUCAAGUGCAACCAGUGCCCCGCGAUCUCGGGCCGACCGUCCGUGACGAUCGGCGUCGGUGCUCGCAGCAUCGAAGAUUGCAAGGAGAGCUGUCCAGCCGGCAAAUACUACGACGAGGGCUCGGCCGCUUGCAGAAGCUGCGGACACGGCUUCUACCAGCCUGAGGAGGGUAGCUUCUCGUGCAUGCUCUGCGGUCUCGGCAAGACGACCCGCACGGCCGAGGCUGUGUCGCGCGAGGAGUGCCGCGACGAGUGCGGCUCGGGACAGCAGCUCGCCGUGGAAGGCAAGUGCGGACCCUGCCCGCGAGGAACUUACAGAACUCAGGGAGUCCAAGCGGCCUGCCAAGCCUGUCCUCUGGGCAGGACGACGCCCAACCUUGGCUCCGCUACCGUUGAUGAGUGUUCUUUGCCCGUUUGCGAGGCUGGAACCUACCUCAACGGAACCCUCAACGAGUGUAUAGAGUGUAAGAAGGGUACUUACCAACCGGAGGCUCAACAGACAUCUUGCAUACCUUGCCCGCUGAACAGCAGUACCAAAGGACCCGCGGCUACGAGCAAAGACGAGUGCACGAAUCCUUGCGAGGUCAAGGGUAAAGAGAUGCACUGCGACCCGAACGCCUACUGUCUCGUACUGCCCGAGACGAGCGACUUCAGGUGUCAGUGCAAGCCCGGCUACAACGGAACCGGCUACACGUGCCAGGAUGUCUGCGACAACUUCUGCGACAACGAGGGCGUCUGCCACAAAGACGCUCGAGGUACGCCCGCUUGCAGGUGUAGCGGCAGCUUCACCGGCAAGCACUGCACCGAAAAGUCCUCGUUCUUCUACGUCACCGGUGGCAUUGCCGCCUGUGUCGCUCUGUUCAUCAUCAUCGGUCUUCUCAUCUGGAUGAUUUGCGUCAGAGCGUCCAAGAGGAAGGAACCAAAGAAAAUGUUAUCACCGGCGACGGAUCAGAACGGCUCGCAAGUGAACUUCUAUUACGGCGCGCCGACGCCAUACGCCGAGUCGAUCGCGCCCUCGCAUCACAGCACCUACGCGCACUACUACGACGACGAGGAGGACGGUUGGGAAAUGCCCAACUUUUACAAUGAGACUUACAUGAAAGAGAGUUUACACAAUGGCGGCAAAAUGAAUAGCCUCGCACGAUCGAACGCGAGCAUUUACGGUACGAAAGAUGAUCUGUACGACAGGCUGAAACGCCACGCGUAUCCCGGAAAGAAAGAUAAGAGCGACAGCGAUAGCGAAGGUCAGUGAUUUUGCGGAAUAAUGUGGCCAAUAUCUCAAUAGAACGUGACGAAAAUUCCAUUGUAACGCCCCCAAGAUCAACGCACUUAUUUAUCAGACGUCGGCCAAGUGAAUGAUUCGUUUUUUGUUUUUGUUUUUUUUUAUUUAGAAAAACUGUGAACAGAAAACUCAAAGAUGUAAUUAUUGUAGACAUUGUUUCAGUUUAUUGUAAUGACUUGUGUCUGGCAAAAAGCGGGAGCCAAGAGAGUUGAAAAGUGAACAUUUAAAAUCAAGCAUAAUAUUUUGGAGCGAAUCGCUUGAGAAAAAGUAUCCUAAAGCUACGAUCGAUAUGAGCAGGCAAUUAAUUGUUCAAAAAUGUAAAUGUAGUAAAAAAGUAUAGUGAAAAUUAAUUAAAACGGAGAAGUACAGACGAACCCCUCCAAUCGUGGCUUUGGGCUGUUUUCCUCGCGAUUCGCUAGUCACGAAAAUAAUUAAUACUCUGACUGGACGACUUAUAUAUUAUAUUAAUAUUUUAAAAUUAGAAAUGAUCAAUAUAUUGCUUAAAAUAUUAUACAUAUGUACCAAGUGUGAUUGUUGUUGAGAACGUGAAAAAAAACAUGUGUGUCUGGAUCGUGCAUUAUUAUAGUAAUAAAAUUUAGAAAUUUAGGAAAUAUUCCGUCGAUUUGUGAACUUCAUAAUACAUGUUUUGUAAUUUAUUCAAUGAGUGAAUGAACUAGGAUGAUGCUUUUAUAUAUAUUAUUGCAAACAUGUCAAUGCAUAGCAUCGGUUGUUUAUUUUAUUUUAAUUAUACAAGAAGUUUUAUAAAUAUAUUUGUCAGUCAUAAUUGUACAUGUAUGUUUCGUAUAUAUUAUAUGAUCGAAUGAAACGAUUCGUUCUUAACACAUUAUUUCAUUGUAAGUUUCUCUAAUUUUUCAUUCAAGUCUUCCCAGUUUAAUUGACUUUUUUAUUCAUGAAUUAACGGUGCGAACGUAAAAAUGUGUGUGCUGGAUGUAAUUACAUUUAUUUUAGUGAAGUAAGCUAGACUUAAGCGAUUUUUUAUUUUCCAUAGAUAUAUAUUGUUAUUUUAUAAAUAUGUAACUAUAUUUUGUAUAAUAAUUAAUGUUACUUAUUGGAUCGAAGCAAAGUAGAGAAAAACCAAUUUAUAAUGCGAAACGUUCGUUUGGAUGUAUCGACGAUUUCACUGCGCCCUUAACAUCUUAUUAUUGUCGUCGAUCGUGCGAGCGAACGAUCGUAAAAUGUUUGAAUUUAGAAAUCAAAUAUAUUUAAUACAGAAAAAAACUGUGAGUUUACAUAAAAUUGUACGAGAAAUUUUGUAAAGUGCUUCGAUCGCUUGUUUUUAAUAAAAAUUAUGACAAUAGACUUGAAUACGAUGUUUACUUUCAGAUAAAGAUAUAAUCCGCACUUUUUAAGUUGCCAUACUUAACCGACAGUCGCAUAACGAGAAAUCAUUUCUUUCAUUCGUUGGUAAACGCAAACUCUGCGAUAUUAACAGCUGCUGCGUAUGCCUCCACACGCGCGCGCAGUCAAGGCUUUUAAGCUCCACGAUCCCGGAUACUAAACUUUCCAAGCGCGACAAACGACGACGUCGCGAUUGGUCGAGACCCAGCGAAGCUUGUUUAUUAGAGAUUAAAGCUCGAUCUCGAUAUUUUUCCAGAAAUUAGGUUUAUCAGCGGCUCUAAAACGAUUCAAAAACAUUUAAUCGUCCGACAUGACUCGACACGAGUAUAGUGUGGUGCGCGCCGCGUCGCUGACGAGAAGUCGCGCAAGCGCAUCCGUCGUGGAACCUUCGCGAAGUGCAGUGCCUUUCUACAAGAUCGAUAAACGCUUGUAUCAUUGAGAAAAAACAACAAACGCGACGUACGUCUGAUUUUAUCUAAAUUGCAGCGCGUUUACGACGAUAUCGUGCACGACUCGAGUGCAAAUUAUAUCAAUAUGAGGCUAUAAUUAAGUCGGCAUUGUUUAUCUUGUUCGAAGCUCCUUUUUUUCGGAGAACGACACUGAAAAUGUGAGAGAAAAAUGAGAGAAAUAUCAUACGCACUCCAUAAAAUUGUUCAUUGUACAAAUACGCGAUUGCUUUCGAACAAGUCGAGACCUGCAAACGAACGAUGACGGCGAAUAUAUACACACAGAAUUGGUCUGGCUCCAACGUGUCUGGACGGCUAUCAUUGGUCGACGGUGACGUCGUCCGAUCCGGCAUUGGUUCGAGGGCGCCGAGGUCUGUUCGCAAAAAACGACUGACGUAAAUCGGACUGGCGGCGGUUGCUUGUGGCGCAUAAUAGUAACACAAAGUGGCGGCGCAGUAUAUGCUAGCUGUGCAGGCUGUGCUAUAUGCAGCGUUUCGUCUACGCACAUAUACUGUACACACGUUUAACACUCCCACCGGUCGCCGCCGCUGUGCUACACUAUACACGCCGCUGCACGAUCUCUCGCGACAGAACGAAUUCUCCUUUCGAGCUGAACAGACGCGCUUCUACGCAGUGACUUUUUGACGAGCUCCGCAUAGCACGAAUAUAUAUUUUAGACACACUCGUGGCUAGAGACACACCGGUUCGUUAUAUAUAGUGCUGAAUCUUCUGGAACGAAGUACAGCACAGUUAUACACGGACAAGCAACAGGCAAGAUAGCAGCUGCAUCGUAAGAAGACAAGCAUCUUCUUUCUCGGCGCAUAUUAAAGUCAACGAGACAUAAGUCUUUUCAGGAGGGUAUCCAGAAUCCCUCCUAUUUACGAGAGCUCAACGGCUAGCAACAUUCCUAUUGUACACCGGGUCGAACUCAAA